GCUGGAGAACAGUGUUCCCGACAGGCCUUUCGCCCCGCGCGGUUCGCUGAGGCUGGCGCGCUGUCAGUCAUGGCGCUGUCCUCGCGGCUGUGGCGCUUUCUCCCUCUGCGGCGCGGAGCCCACCGCAGCGUCUGUCAGCUGGCGAGGCCCGGGGACAGCCAUGGGCACGGUGGCGUCCGGGCAUUCCUGGGCUCCGAGGUAAUAGGAAACACAAGACCUUUCAAGAGAGGCCUUUUGUUCUCAGCCUUGUCUUAUUUGGGUUUUGAAACCUAUCAAGUCUUUUCCCAGGCUGCUGUGGUUCAUGCCACAGCCAAAGUUGAAGAAAUACUUCAGCAAGCAGACUACUUAUAUGAAAGUGGAGAAACAGAGAAGCUUUAUCAGUUGCUCACACAAUACAAGGAAAGUGAAGAUGCAGAGUUACUGUGGCGGUUGGCACGAGCAUCACGUGACAUAGCACAGCUUAGUAAGACUUCAGAAGAAGAAAAAAAAGUUUUGGUAUAUGAAGCCCUAGAGUAUGCAAAAAGAGCACUGGAGAAAAAUGAAUCAAGUUUUGCUGCUCAUAAGUGGUAUGCAAUCUGCAUUAGUGAUGUUGGAGACUAUGAAGGCAUCAAGGUUAAGAUUGCAAAUGCCUACAUUAUCAAGGAACAUUUUGAGAAAGCAAUUGAGCUGAAUCCUAAAGAUGCUACUUCAAUUCACCUUAUGGGUAUUUGGUGCUAUACAUUUGCGGAAAUGCCUUGGUACCAAAGAAGAAUUGCUAAAGUGCUGUUUGCAAAUCCUCCUAGUUCCACCUAUGAGGAGGCCUUGAAAUACUUUCACAGGGCAGAACAAGUGGAUCCAAACUUCUACAGCAAAAACUUGCUGCUGUUAGGAAAGACAUACUUGAAGCUAAACAACAAAAAACUUGCUGCUUUCUGGCUGGUAAAAGCCAAGGGUUAUCCAGCACACACAGAAGAAGAUAAACAGAUACAAACAGAAGCUGCUCAGUUGCUUACUGGUUUGUAACAGAACUGAGAACUUUUUGGAGAAGGCAACAAUGUACCUAACACUUUGUACUUCAUUGAUUUAUAAAGAACUUCAAAGAUUUAUAAAGAUAUAUAUUAACCAUGAUUCUGUGGCUUUUUUCCCAAUUCUUUUAUGUGUGACCAUUUCACAGAAUAAAUGUACAAAAUUCUGGGUUUCUUCACAAGUAAAUGGGUGAAAGAAACUACCACAUUGCCCUAAGAGUGGCAGCAGUACAUUUCUCUGGUUCAGACAGACAUUUUCUAUUUGGAACACCAAUAGGAAAAAAUGGCAUGGGAUAUGUUAAGUAUUGGUCACAUCAGGAUGAGAGGUUUUCAAAAGAAGGCUUUGUGAACAGAUGGCAUGUGAGGGAAUGGUUUUCAUGGUCUAAUUGACUGAAAGUUGUUAUCUUAGAAAAAAGGUCAAAUGAGUUAAGUGUUUAUGAUGUUGGGGGUUCCUGGCAUAGAGAACUUAAGUAAUGUGUCUUAGAAGCCAACCUGAGUAAGGAAAAGUACUGUGGCAUGAUUUUCCUUUUUAAAUAUGUUAUAGCUUCAUAGAUUGGUUGAAUUUGUUCCUUGAAAAAUUAUGUUUUAUAGAAUGGAGGGACACAGAUUUCAGGGUGAGAAAGAAAUAGAUGUAUUUAACACACAAGGUACUAUCACUUGAGUCUGUGGUGCCACCACGGCAAACUUACAUUUUGUAAACUGAAGCUUGGAUGCUACUUACACUGAACGAAUGUGAUACUGUAUAGGUAUAUUUUUACCCCCAAAAAACUUGAGAAUUGUAAUGUUUUAAUAAAUCACAACAAAAUGUG